GUGUCCCUCAUCCAUCAACGAUGAAGUGACUUCGGUCUCUCUACAGAGUGCACUGUCCAGAAGAGCUAAAAGCAUUAGAAUAACUGUUUCCUUUCAUUGUAUUGCCCUUUCCCAUCUGUGGGAGAAGAGCCAUGAAGAACCGUUCCUCAUCUCCCCCUUUGCACGUCCAUGUGGAUGAAAACACCCCUGUCCAUGUCCAUAUUAAAAAGGGUCAGAAAACCACACCUGCAAAAUGCCAGCAAAAGCACAAACAGAAAACGAAAGGGGAUACCACAAACAUGUGCCGAGCUGUCCGGGUGAAAACUAAGGCCCCCUGGAUGCCCCCAGGCAAAACAUCUGUGCGGGAGUCCACCUGCAAAUGGGAGGGACCAACUCACCGCCUAGAAAUUACACCUCCAGAUUCAGAAAAAAUGCUGUCAGUAUUGCGCCUGAGUGACCUCUCUACAGAUGAGGAGGAUGCUGUUUACUGUAAAAUGAAUGAAUAUGAAAAGAAGAUAGAUAGCCUGAUGAAUGUAGUGGGAACGCUGAAGAAUGAGGCCAAGCUGCAGAAAAAGGAGGAACAGCAGCAAAUGACAAAGCGUCUCCUUGAGGAGCAGAAAGAAGAACUGAAUGAGGUCACACAAGAGCUGGUAGAAACAGAACACGAAAAUACACUGCUCAGGCGCAAUAUUGAACGCAUAAAGGAAGAGAAAGAUCUAACUGUGCUACAGAAAAAGUACUUGCAGCAUGAGAAAGAGACCAAGCUGAGCGAAGCAGAAAGGGAUGGAGCAGCAGCAGCCAGGCAGAUCCAUGCCCUGAAAAAUACAAUUGGGAGACUCAAUAUUGAGAAACACAUGAGCAGCUCAGACAUUAACGCACUGACAAGACAAAAAGAGCUGCUUCUCCAGAAAUUGAGCACCUUUGAAGAAACCAACCGGACACUACGAGAACUUCUCAGAGAGCAGCAUAACCGGGAGAAGGAUGCUCAGAAGAUACUGGAGCGGCAAGGAGCACUGCUGAAAAAGCUGGCUGACUCAGAUGCAGAGAAAGUGCAACUUCAGAUGAAGCUUCAGGAGAAAGAAGAAGAAGUGGACAAUCUUACCAUUCAGAUACAGGCAGAAAAGGACCAGGCAAAGACAGCAUGCGAACUCUCCAAAUCUAUGGAGGCUGUGAGAGGCCAUUUACAAGCACAGCUGCGAAAUAAAGAAGCUGAGAACAACCGUCUGAGUAUACAGAUACGGAAUCUGGAGCGCAGUGAAGCUCAGCAUAAGGCAGAGGUGGAACAUAUCAUGGAGCAACUGAAAGAUCUAAAGCAGAAGGCAGACCGUGAUAAAGAGGCCCUGAAGAAAGCCAUGCGUGCACAGAAAGAGCGGGCAGAGCGGAGUGAAGAGUAUGCACAGCAAUUGACUGUCCAGCUAGCAGAAAAGGAUAGUUAUGUUGCUGAGGCGCUGUCUACUCUGGAGUCCUGGAGGAGUCGCUACAACAAAGUAGUAAAGGACAAGAGUGACCUCGAACUGGAAAUUGUUACACUGAACAGCCGUGUUGCAGACUUGCUGGAACAGCAGACAAGCCUGGAGGACAGGAUGCGGGAAGACAGAGAAGCUUUGGUGGAUAAAUUGCAUCGACAGACUACAGAGAUCACUUCUUUUAAAAUGGAGAACGAAAGGCUAAAGGCUAGUGUGGUCCCAAUGGAGGAAAAGCUGAACCAAGCGCAGAUGGAAGUGCAGCAGCUCAAGAGCUCUGUCAGGAACUAUGAAGGGUUGAUUGAAACCUACAAGUCACAGGUGUUGAAGACCCGAAUGGAAGCAGAUGAAGUGGCAGCAAAACUGGAGAAGUGUGAUAAAGAGAACAAGACACUAAAAGAUGAAAGGAACAAGGAGAUUGAACUGGCACGUAAACAGUUCCAGAGCCAGCUUGCUGAACUGGAAAAGCUGCCCGAGAUCCUAAAGAUCACAGAGACACAGCUAGCAGAAUGUCAGGACCAGCUUCAGAGUUAUGAGAAGAAGAAUGUGGACCUGUCUGUCAUGAUCGCAGAUCUUCGUCAGCGGAUUGAGCUCCAGGGGGACAAAAUGGAGAUGACAAGAGAGAGGUAUCAGUCUGCCCAGGAGGAGAAAAAGCAGCUCACCUUGAAGGUGGAGGAGCUAGAAAGAAAACUAGAGACAACGAGCGCCCAGAACAUAGAAUUCCUUCAGGUCAUAGCAAAACGUGAGGAAUCGAUCCACCAGUGUCAGCUGCGGUUAGAGGAGAAGACCCGUGAAUGUAGCUCCUUGGCACGUCAGUUGGAGAUGGCCAUUGAGGAUGCCAAAAGACAAGUGGAACAAACUCGAGAACGAGCAACGUCUAGAGAGAGGGCAGCCCAGUCCAAGAUGUUGGAUUUGGAGACCCAGCUGAGUAGGAAUAAAACAGAGCUGAACCAAUUGCGUCGGAGCAAAGAUGAUGCAGAGCGCCGAUAUGAAAGCCGCCUACAGGAUCUAAAGGAUCGGUUGGAGCAGUCGGAGAGCACCAACCGCAGCAUGCAAAACUACGUCCAGUUCCUCAAGUCUUCCUAUGCCAACGUUUUUGGAGAAAGUGCCUUGCUGGGCUCCCCCAGCCGCUCUCGUUCUUCUCCAUGAGGACAAUGCUCUCCCUGCGCCUCUGCUUCUAAGCACAAAAGGAGCCCUAUUUCAAAGCCAUAUGUUAUUUAGAAAAUAGGUCGGCAUUUCAGGGUCACUAUCAAGAGACAUCUUCCUCUUUUCCUUGCAGCAUGAGAUGAUAAAAUGAUGGUGGCAUGUCCUAAGUGUAGGGCAUCAGCAAU